AUGAGUGAUCGAACGUUUAAUCUUGAAGAAGCGACGCCAGUCGAUCCAACAUUGACUGAUCGUACAGUGUCGAUACUUGAACAAACAAAUAAUGGAGGAGAUCAAUCGUUCGAAUGUUGUAUUGAACAUUUACCAUUUUAUCGUUCAAUUGAAAGUGAUUUACUAUUAAUGAAACAGUAUUUAUUUAAAAGAGGUUUAAAUGAACAAGACAUUGUUUCUCAAGAAGAAAUUGUUAUUAAUGUAUUAAAGGAAUCAUUAAAUCAAUUUAUCCAAAUUGAAAAAACUAAAAAUGAAAAUUUACUAAUAUGUAUUGAUAAUAUUAUGAAAGAAUGUGAUCGUAUACAUCGGUUACUUGAAUUAGAAUGGACUAUUGAAAAACCGUCUGAUGAUUUAUCGUUAUUUGAACAAAUGAAACAAGCAAAUAAUCUUCUUGAAUCAUCGGAACAUUUAUUCAAAAUAAAAACAACAGAAAUAAAUGAAAUGCGUAUUCAAGAAGAAAAAUUAUGUCAAAAAUUACAUGAAAAAAUUUUCGAAUUCAACAAUGAAAAUGAAACACCAUUUGCAAAACGAAAAAUAAUAUUAGAAAAUCAUAUUCAUGAUUUAACUAAUUUGCAGGUUGAAAGAUCUUCUCGUGUCGAACAAUAUCGUCAACAAAUACAUCAGAUGAAAAUUGAAUUAGAACUUAAUGAUAACUAUGGUUUAGUAAUAGGCGAUGAUAAUAAUAUUUUACUAAUCAGGUUAAUUGAUGGACCCUUUGAAACGAUUGAAUUGUCAAAUGCGAAUGUAGUGCAUUUACAAACACUAGCAAAUGAACUUGAUAUACAAUAUCAAAAGAAUAAAAUAAAAGGUGAUCAACUUAUUAAUCAAUUAAAAGCAUUAUAUGAACGAUUAAACAUAAAUGAAGUAGAUCAAGAAAUUAAAUUACCAACUAAUAAACCUGAUCGACCAUCAAAUUUGAUAAAACUUGAAAGAGAAAUUGAACGAUGUAAAGAUAUUCGUCGACAAAAUAUGAAAACAUACAUAUUGAAUAUAAGAGAAGAAAUAUUUAUGCAAUAUGAAAAAUGUUUUUAUAGUCGAGAACAGAUGGAACUAUUUCCAGCAUUAUAUUCAAAUGUUUUCACCGAGGAAACACUUGAACAACAUGAAAAAGAACUUGAAGAAAUGAAAACAUACUAUGAGCGGAAUGAACAAAUUUUUAUUGAACUUCGACGAUGGAUGGAUGCUUGGGAUGAAUUUAAGAAGUUCGAAUUUGUUUCAUCUGAUCCAAAUCGUUUUAAACAACGUGGUUAUAGUGCAAUUAAUGAAGAAAAAGAACGUCGUCAUAUUGAAACAAUAUUGAAAAAAGCACAAGAAAAUAUAUUAAUGUUAGCCGAUGAAUAUGAACAAACACACGGUCAUUCAUUUCAUGUUGACGGUAUUUCUAUUACCGAUUUUUUUACACAUGAAAAAGAAAAUUACUCACAAGAAAAAGAGUUAGAAAAGGCACGAAAACAAUUAGCACGUGGACAAACACCAAUUUUGACAAAUGCUCAGCAUAGUGCUAAACGACAAUUAGCACAUACAGAAAUGAUGAAGACGCCUAGCAGACAACAACAAUUUGAUAUCAAAGUGACAACACCGUUUCGUCCAGCAAGUGCAAUAAAUAAUAAACGUUUACUACCGUUACAACCACAACAAAACAAAGUAUGCAAAGAAUUAUCAUAG